AUGGAGAGGAGAUUGGAUUCUAUUUCUGCAUCACUGGUUAGAUCCAGCAUUUCCACUGGAGGCAAUAUGGCAGAAAUGUUAUCACACAAUGAAGGUGAAGUUCAGAUGUGGAACAGCUGGAAGCUUUUUCCAGAAACCCCUCUCUGGACAUGUGUUGAUUUUCAAAUUGCCCAAGUUGGACCCUGGAAUGACUGUUCGCGCUGCACACACCACCCACGACUUAAGUCUUCUUGUACAGAUAUGGAUCUCCCAUAUUCUUGGCGCAGCAGCAGUUUUGGGAAUUUCGAUCGUUUUCGGAAUCAUUCCAUUUCAAAACCAGAUGAUUCAACUGAGGUGUAUGAAGGGGAAUCCAUAAAUGAAAAUGGAGAACAAAAUAAAACUUCAAAUAAUGGAGGAGGUUUAGGGAAAAAAAUGAGAGCUAUUUCCUGGACAAUGAAGAAAAAAGUGGGUAAAAAAUACAUCAAAGCCCUUUCUGAGGAAAAGGAUGAGGAGGAUGGAGAGGAUACCCUCCCGUACCGGAACAGUGACCCAAUGAUUGGAUCUCACACAGAGAAGAUCUCCCUCGAAGCCAGUGACUCCAUGGAUAGUCUCUACAGUGGGCGGAGUUCAUCAAGUGGAGUCACAAGUUGUUCAGAUGGUACAAGUAACCGGGACAGUUUUCGACUUGAUGAUGAUGGCCCAUACUCUGGACCAUUCUGUGGCCGUGCCAGAGUACAUACUGAUUUUACACCAAGCCCCUAUGACACUGACUCCCUCAAAAUCAAGAAAGGAGACAUAAUAGACAUUAUCUGCAAAACGCCAAUGGGGAUGUGGACAGGAAUGCUGAACAAUAAGGUGGGAAACUUCAAAUUUAUUUAUGUGGAUGUCAUCUCAGAAGAGGAAGCAGCCCCCAAGAAAAUAAAGGCACACCGAAGGAGUGGAAAGGAAAAACCCAAGACUCUGCAGGAGUUCUUACAGAGGAUUGACCUUCAGGAAUAUACCUCAACACUGUUACUCAACGGUUAUGAGACCCUAGAAGAUUUAAAGGAUAUAAAAGAGAGUCAUCUCAUUGAAUUAAACAUUAAAAACCCAGAAGACAGGAUGAGGUUACUAUCAGCUGCUGAAAAUCUCCUUGAUGAAGAAACUAUUCAAGAGCAAGAAAAUGAAUCUGUGCCCCUAUCCUUAAGCCCAGACAUCUCCUUAAAUAAGUCACAGUUAGAGGACUGCCCAAGGGACUCUGGUUGUUAUAUCUCAUCAGAAAAUUCAGAUAAUGGCAAAGAAGAUGUGGAGUCUGAAAAUCUCUCUGACAUGGUACAGAAGAUUACUAUCACAGAGCCAAGUGACUGAAUACACAUUCUCAACUUUAUAUCUACAGACACAUUUCACUUUAAUUCUAUUUGAGCUAAAAGAUCAAAUAGGACAGAAAGAGAAGUAUUUGCGAAUACAACCUGAAGUUAAAAAAUUUUAAUCAGAAUGAUUUUACACAAAAGUUCAUGUCUCCAACAUUCCCAAUUAUUGUAAAUAGUAUGUAUAUUUAUUAUUUUGAAUGCUACAUGUUAAUAUUUCAUUUGCCUGUAUGAGAAGAGGUAUGGUGUAAGUCUUUGGUGUGUGUGAGAUAAGAUUUAUUCAUCUUUAUUUUCUAAGUGCAACAUGAAAAAUUCUGCAGGGAAAACUCAUUUUUUCAUCCCUGCCAGUUUUGAACUUAUGUACGUUAUUGAACAAAUAGUAAUGGAGAGAGUAUCUGUAUAACCAAUUGUCCAAGCAGCAGUUACACUCAUUUUUAUACUUAAUAGGAAAGUGUGAGUUGAUACUGGAGACAUUUUCUCUUGAUCCAGAGUGGAGUUUUAGUAAUUAUUUUUUGUUGAUUUCUUCACUGUUAUCUGCUAUAAAAGAAGAGUUAACAAGAUGUUGUCAAUUCUUAUUUAGUAAAACUAAUUUUAAUAAUUGUACAGAUGUUUCAUUUUUAAUUAUAAAUAUUUUAAAUUUUGAAAUAGCCUAAU